CAAACCUUUCAUUUCUUCAUCUUCUUCUUGGCUAGAGAAUCUAAAUGAAUUGUGACACGGCUAUUCAAUUUCUCUCAAAUUAUCGAUGCCUAAUUAAGUUUCACUUCCUUCUAAAUAUGGUUGCAAUAUUAUCAUUUCAUAAUGAUUGAGAAGCAAUGGAAGACAACGACCAAAUGCCUCAAGAUUUGGGUUUGAUGCCUAAGAGGGGAUGGAAGAAAGCUGCAUUGGACAUUGAUUUGAAUGCUUUGGUAGAUUACAAUAUUGAUUCGGAAAAUAUUUUAGUAGAUUGUCGUAUUGAUUUGGAAACUGCUUCAAUGGAUUGUGUGGUAUUGACUUGAAUAAGUUUCUUGAGGAAGCAAUUUGGAGGAAAAAAAAUUGUUGUCGAUCGAAGAAAGAGAAUUGCUGCCACCAAGUUUUCUUGAUGAAGCAAUCAAGGUGGAAAAAGAAUUGUUGUCAUUUUGUUAGAAAGAUGUAUGAAGUUUGGUUUCUUAAACAUUUUUAAGCAUGUAUUUUGACUAAGAAGUGGAUGGAUUGUUGGGAAGUUUGAGUUGGGUCUUUCAUGGUUCAGUGGUUGUGUUUUGCUAUAUGUGUUUGAUGAAAUACCUUUGAGACAUUUUGAUUUGUUGCUGGAAUGAAUUAUAUUUCUCAAU